CUUACAUUUUAUCUAUGGACAUGUAACAGUGCGCGGUUAAAUAGAUUUGAAUUAGAAAACAAUUAAUUUUUCUAUACAUUUUUAUUUAUUUUUUUAUUUCAGUGGUUUGUGAAGUUUUCUUCAUACUUGUUUGAUUCUUACUUUUCUCUGUUCCAAAACAGUAUGUGAUGAAUUAAAUGUUUGGAAGAGAUAUUACGAACAACGGUUUAAAUAACCUAAAUUUCAUUUGUCUUUAUUAAAAUUUUUAUUUUUAUAUUGUAAUGGAAACAAUUAGAAAUCAUUUUUAUAAUCUUAAGAUUUAUAUAUUCGAUAUAGAUGUUCCAUGUAAUUUCAAUUAAAUUUCUUCUUGUUAUGUUUAUAAUAUAUUUUAUUGCGGAUGUAAUUGAUAAAACAUAUUAUAAUUAUGGAAAAGUCUACAGACAUAUUUGCAUGGACUCAUCAAUUGCAAUGCCCACCAAUGAUAUUCAACACCUCAGUGAAACAAACAUUAUAUACAGGACUUGUUGGAUUGAUGUGGGAUGAUUUUGCUGAAGUUAUAUUUAAUGCUAAAGAAGCAAAGACAAUAAGAAAAAAUGUCCUACUGUAUUAUUUGAAACAUAAGACAUCUAAUAAAACUGUUCAAUGUAUGAAGAAUUUAUCACAAUUGAAAUCAAGUAAAAGUGAUUUAAGAGAUCAAAUAUCUAAGCUAGAGGAAGAAUAUGAACAACAAGAAUUUAAAGUUAAACAAAAAGUUCAAAAACUGAGAGAAAUUUCAUCCAAGCGUUCUGAAAUAAGAGCAAGAAGAAAUUUACUUCAGAUGAAACAUGAUCAAACUGAAACACAACUUCGUGAUUGUAAUGAAAUGAGAGUGAUUUGUCAACAUUUAAUGCCACAAACUUGCAAAGAUCUGGAUCAUAAAGUGCUAAUGGAAAUGUUAGAUGUAGUAACAAGUCUUUGGACUGGAGCGGAUAAGAAACAAGUAUGGAAUACAGUAUCAAGUAAUCUUAAUCAUAUUGAAAUACCUACAUUAUGGCAUUAUUUAUAUCAAAGUUUAACAGAAGAUGUAGAUACAUUAACUAAAUUAGAAACUAUGAAAUCAAUGGAAUCAAAUGAAAAACAUAUAAAUGUUGGUAUUGCCAGGCUAUAUGGACAACAUAUUUCUAUGGUUUCUAGACGAUUAUUGUAUAAUGCAAGAGCAAAUAAUCAUCAACAAAAUGUUUUAGACUUUAUAGAAAAAAUCGAGACAGCUUCAAAUAAUUCUGCAGAUAUAAGUGAGUGGUUGGCAUUAGCAUUAGAAGUUCACAAAUUAGAAAAUGAACAAAGAAGUUUACAAAAAGAAAUUGAUAAAAUUCGAGAUGAUCUGUAUGAAAAUAAUAUAUUUUCAUUUAAUCUAACACAACUAAUUUUGGAGAUUCAAAACACUGAUACUGAAAUUACAAAAUAUAUACAAGACAUACAACAAUCAUUAAAUCUUUUGAAAUCUGCACCAACGUUUCUUUUAAAAACGAAGGAAAAAAUAAAUUUAGAAUUACAAAAAAUAGCAACAAUGCAAGCCGAUGGAUGUGACUGUACAAUGUUAAAAAAUGAUUUAACUACUGAAUUGGAUAUAUUUCAUGAGGUUUUAGAUCUUAAUGCAUUAAAAAAAGUCAUGUUAAAAGGAGAAGUUGCAGUAUAUAAGCAUACAAAAAGUUGUUUCAGCGAAGCUUCUGUUUCAAUUACUAAUUCUCAAAUUUCAAAUCUUGCAUUAUAUUUUCCAUUGAUUCAAAUACCAGUAUAUUCUUUAGUAGAAUGUUAUAAAAAUCUAAUUUCAAUGUUUAUGUAUAAAAAAUUCGAAUCUUUAGAAACUGAAGAAAGUUCAAAUACGUCUCAUUUACCAAUGAUAACGUAUGAAGAAAAUAAUUAUAAUACAUUUGAACUUUUGAAAUUAUCACAAAAUAUCAAUACGAAAACGAGGAUAGAAAUUGAUGAAUUUCAUAAAAUUCUAAAUGACUGGGUGAAUCAACCUGUUCAAAAGGUAAUGGAAAUUAUUGAAAAAACUGUAGAUGAUGCAACUUUUUCAGAGUGGGUUGAACGUUAUGAUGUAUUAUUAUAUAUGUUGCAAAAUUCCACAUAGUUGUGUUUAUAAAUGUAUUCCAUUUUUUAUAAUAAACUGUUUUUAUAACAAAACUACAAUAACUAAUAAAAUAAUAAAAUUUUUAUGUACAU